AUGUCGAAACUGCAGAGAUCGCUCAACGAGCGGGACACGACUCCCCAGCAGCAGCAGCAGCAGCAGCAGCAAAAGUCCCCCGCAGCCGCGCCCUCCCCCUCGCCCAUCGUGACCCUCACCGUGGGCCGUGACGGCCGGCUCUUUGCAGCGCACGAGGAUGUGCUCCGCCAGUCGCCCUUCUUUGAGGCUGCCUGCCGCGGAAGCCCCUUUGAUGCGCAGAGCAAGAGAAUCUCCCUCCCCGACGAAGAACCCGAGGUCUUCUCGGCCGUCCUCGAGUACCUGUACAAGGGUGACUACUACCCCCGUCUACUCCACAACAGACACCGAAACUCUUGGGAACUCGAGGACUACGGUCGAACACCUCAGUCAUCCCCCAACCCCGAAACCGGAGGUGGCCGCGCCGGCGAAGCCUCCGUCUACCUGUCCAGCCUGGGCGUCGAAAUCCUCCGCGACACUGUCAUCUACUGCGCCGCCGACCGCUACGGCCUUGAAGAGCUAAAGCGCCUGGCCCUGCGCAAGCAAGGGCUUCAGGCCGGCAUCGACGUCGCCACCAUCCUGCGGUCAGCCCAGUACGCCUACACCCACACCCCAGACUCGGACAGCCGCCUGCGCGCUCACUACCUCGCCCUGAUCAUCCGCUGUCGCAAAACCUUUAAGCGGAGCGGGACCAUGCAGGCCGAGAUGGAGGCGGGCGGCAGCAAGCUCUUCUUCGACCUGUUUGUAGCCAUGUGCAACCACCUGGACGAUGUCAUCGACGUCAGCAAUGCUCGGACGCCAAAGACUGUCUGA